CUAAUGACUACUGCAACAAUCGCGACGUGUGACCAUGGAUUAGUCGCAAAACUGAAAAGAGUAAUAAUGGAGCGUGAUCUCUAUCCUCGCCAGUGGGGUCGUGGUCCUGUUUCCAUGGAAAGGAAAAAACUUGUUGCCCAAGGUUUACUUAAAAAGUUUGCCAAAUCUGACGGUGUGACAAAUAACCCGAACUCUGUUGGAUCCAAAACCAAAAUGGAAGUGAGUGAGGCUGGGGAAGCUGUAACACGGCGAAUUAAAGCACCAAAUCCUUCCGACUCAAGUGACGAUGAAAUGACAAGCAAAAAUUUGAACGAUCACGACGGUCAGGAUACGGAAGCUGAAGAAUCAUCAUCCGACGACAGUGACUGA